AUGUAUAAAUUUCUUAGUUUAACGCAAAUAUGGCCAUUCGGAAGACUUUUCUGCAAAAUUUGGGUCACUGUUGAUGAUGUUGCAACGAUGGCCAGUGUGAUCAAUAUCGUCGCAAUCACUGUUAAUCGUUAUUGGUCAAUUGCAUACCCAAUUGUCUAUCGGAAAUAUAUGAAACAACAUUUUGUUUCCAUCGUUAUGUGUGGAAUUUGGUGUCUUUCAUUUUUAAAUUUUGCACCAGGUAUCUGGUUGAUAAAUUUUUCUUCAACGGAAACGAAUGUUACUCGAACCGAUUGUUCCGGUGAUUAUAAUAAUUCAUUUAUUUAUAUGCUAAUAGCACAAUUUAACUAUUUUAUCUGGCCAUUUAUUGUCUUAUGUGUUUUAAAUAUGUUGAUUAUGUUAAAUAUCUGGAAACGAAGUCGUAAAAUGAGUCGCCUCAUAAAUGUGCAUCAUUUUCCAAAGUCUAAAAUCGAAAAUCCGAUGUCGUCUUUACAUGGAACAGAGAAAGAUGGCGAAGAUGAACAAGGUACACCGUCUGAAACGAAAGUUCAAUUGAAUCCACUAGAACGUCGUGUAACGCUCGUCGUUGAACGAAACGAAAAUCUAAUCCGGACCUCUUCAUCCAAUCAAAACAUCAGCACUCUGUGCCGACCUCAGCCACCCAUCGUUCAACAUCGAUCUUCCAAUUCAUCAUUGACAGUGCGUUCUUUGCGAAAAUCUGCCAGUACAAAUCGUUCAAGUUCUCGCCGUUAUCAGAGCGAAACGGUACACGAGUGUGACCUUGAUGCCUCACGAGCAAAUUUCGACGACAGAGGAUCAUCAUUUCGUUAUCGACCAAAAUAUCGUGAAUAUUGUCAAAAGCGUUCGCGGAUUAUUCGCGAUCGGAAAGCGGCUCGCUCUUUAUUUAUUCUUGUUAUUGUUUUUCUUAUCUUCUUAUUUCCAUAUGUGAUAUGUGCAACAGCAUCCACAGCUGGUUUAAAGAUUUCUUCGCUUAUCUACGAGAUUUCCUUUUGGCUCUUGUGGUUGAAUUCGACGUGUAAUCCAGUUCUUUAUCCAUUCAUUCAGACGAAAUAUCGAAAAGCCUAUUUGAAAUUAUUUCGAUCGUGCGCAAAGUCUUUGCCAUUCUCGUCUGUUGGAUAA